UUCGUUCGUUGUUAUACGCUCGCGAUACGGUGUACGUGCGUACGUACGGGAAUUCUAACAAAUUUAUUACGAUAAACUUUCGAAAGCAAAGGCGCGCGAUUUGAAAGUUUUCAGAAAACAAAGUGCUAAAUAAUUUUUUCUGGUGUACUUUUUUUGUGUGUGGUUUUAUUUUGGUGUUUUACCGAGAGGGAUUUUCAGUCAUAUUACCAUGGAGUUGGUGACUAAGGGAGAGAUGCUGCUGGUGGCGUUGGUAAUGGGAUUCUUAACUCAAGGAAUUUUUGCUGUCCAAGUAGACGUCGACAAAAGAGAGCAAACGGUACUCGUAGGACAACCGGCUACAUUUAUGUGUAGAGUGGCAGUACCUCUACAGUACUGUAGAGUAGAGAUACCGGGAAUGAAGUCAUAUAAUUUAAACAAAGGCAUUUCCAAUUCUGAUGUUUCAUAUGCUGGUGAAGGUCUAGAUGCCGGCCAAUGCGGUUUUACCGUAAAUAGAGCCAAAGACGAGAAUAAUGGUGAGAUUAAAUGCACCCUUGGUAUAGCCAGUGAAGCUCAAGAGUCUGUCGGUACCAUGAGUCUUAUUGUAGCACGACAACCUAAGCUUCCUGAACUUGACUUGAGCAGUGGAACUGAUCACCUUAACGUUUACAAAGUAGAUGACAUACUACAGGCGGUAUGCGUGGUGGCCGACGGUAGACCAGUAGCAAACAUAACCUGGAUGUUGGAUGAUGAACCAAUUCCUACUAAUGAACGUAGCGUUAUCCAAGAACUGGCCAAGGAAAAUUUACAGUCAAAAAUCCAGAAUUUGACCAGACGUUUAAUGGCAUCCGAUAAUGGGAAAUUUUUGAAAUGCGUUGCUUACCAUCCUGCAUAUCCUGGCGGUAAAGCUGAGGCCAAGAGGAGGUUGGACAUUAAAUAUGCUCCUCAACCGAAAAAUCAACCGAUUGAAGAAUUCGGAUACGAAAUUGGCAAAACCGGAGUGAUCAAUGUAACAAUUGAAGCAAAUCCACGACCGUCUUUCGAGUGGACCGUAAAUGGGCAAAAAAUCAGAGAAGGCAGUCACGACACUACUGGAAUUAUGGAAGCGGAAAUUGCCAGAGAUUUGGGUAAUGGAAGCUACGUGGCCACUUUAAGGAUAGCAAGGAUAAGCAAGCACGACACCGAGAAGGACUACAUCCUUAACGCCUACAACGACCAGGGUAGCAUGGAGUAUCGAGUGAAGAUUUCCACUAAUCCUGAACCAAAAGGCUACGAGAUUGGAAUGGCAGCCAUUGUAGGAAUUAUCGCUGCGAUAUUGGCCCUCCUAAUUGUCGUGGGACUUCUUAUCUUCGCGAAGAUCAGUGGAAAAUGGUGCUUUAGUGGCAAUGGCGAAAACCGAUACAUAGCGGAAUCCAGUGAUACUGAAAGCGCAGACGUAAUACGCACAAAAGAGUCCAAACAUCGCCGUCUACCGUCAGCCAUUCAACUGACCGCUCAAUUCUUCAGGAAGAGGCAGGAUAAAGUGGCCACCGAAACAACCGAACCGACCGUGAAGAAUCUCGAAUCUGACGAAGCUGAUUCGGCUACCAUCACUGCGGAAGAACAAGAAAAACAAGCGGAAGAUGUCGCGAAAAUUGUUAAUGAAAAAACUGAUAAAGAUAAAGGUUUAGUGUAUGCAGAACUUGACCUAAUUAGGGCCGCCAAUCCGAAUAUGAUGGUGCCAGUUAUAAAAAAUGACGAUGAAAAGACUGAAUACGCGGAAAUUGUUUAUACGCCCGCUAAGGAUGGGGAAGAGAUUAAAGACCAGUUAAAGGAUAAAAAAUAGUUUGUCGAUGUACAGGUUCAACCAAUAUGAAGCAUUAGGAGUUUUUUUUGCACACUUUUUCACACUUACUUGAACACAAAAGGCAAAUAUAAUUUUAUUUAUUAAUAUUUGGUAUGACAAUAUUUCGAUUGCGCUUUUGACUGAACUAAAAUACAAUAGUUUGAUGAGUUAAUUUUUUUUUAAAUAAUUUACAAUUAUUAAGCAAGAAGUCAAAAGUCCCCAUAAUAUUAUCUCAAGGUUAACAUAUUAAAAUGAAAUUUAGGUAUAAGAAACACUGUGUUCAUUUUGUAUUUUGAUAUUCUUAAAAUUAUUUUGACAUAUGCAAAGGGAGUUCCAAACAGAGGAGGGAGGCAAAUUGGGUGAGAGUUCACCUUUUCAAAAUUUCAUCUUGAUUACUGGUAGAUUGAUGUAAUUUAAUUAGUCAAUUAAGUCAAAAGCUUAUUUUCACUUAUAAUAUGAAUCUUUGGAUUAAUUAGCUAAAAAAGAGUUUUACUCCUCUCUGGUUUCCUCUGAAUAUGUGUCUUCUUAUCUUCCCUCCUUAUAGCCUUAUAACGUGUCUUCAAAUUUAUAUUAACAAUUAAGAAAUAUAUAUAUUUAAGAGCAUUUUAUAAUGAUUUUUUACUCUAAGCAAAUAAACAAAACCUAUAUUUUCACAAAUUAGGUAUAUUAAGUAACAGUUAACCAUAUUGUGCCUAUACUACUUAUUAUAGGAUUAAGAGGCAAACCGUAGGUUGUAUGUUUGUUUUAUAAUUAAAAUUUUUAUUAUAAUGGAUAAGGUAUUGUUUAUUUUUUGUUAUGUACUUAAAUUUAUAUUAGGUAGAGGUACCUACUUGAUACCUAAAUUUAACAGAAGUAGCCUGAGUAAAGUAUGAUUUUUUUUAAAACUAAAGCUACUUUUGUUAGCCAUAUUUGUAAGAUCUGAGUAGUAUUUCACCAUUUUAUUAGUUUAAUGAAAUUAUGUUAUAAUACGUCCACUAGCUUUUAAGAAGAAAAAUACACCAUUUUGUAUUUUUGCAUAUUUUUAUUACACUUAAAUAAAUUUUUUAAAAAGUAA